AGCGGUUCUGUAUCAACGUGACAGGGAUUUAAAUGGACGAAAGACUCCAGUUUCCCUGUUUUCCAAAGAGCCGUCACCAAGUUUCUCUCUCCUGUCAUUCAUUAGGGAAUAUUGUUACAGCAGAUUUUCAGCAGCAGUUUGGACAAACUAUACUGUUGUUUCUUUGGGUAAGCACAAACUGCACAACUCACCAAAAGAUAUGUUCAGAAAUAAGUAAAUAAAGGAAUAGAGGCGAUGCGGAGCUGCUUUCUGUGUCUAGCCUGCAGGGGGCGCUGUUUGGGUCCAGACCCAGUUCCAGUAAGACAGCUGUCAGACCCACAGGGCGAUGUCACCUGUCCGCGCUUAUACAUCAUCCAGCUGCAACAGAAUAAUCUGGACAAACCUCUGAGGACACCUUUGAUCGGAUCCAGCUCUCAGUUGGUAUCGUGGACCUCCUCCUGAUGAGGUUUUUCUGCUAACAGGGAUCUGAAUUCACUUUCAGGAACUCUGGAGUCCAGGUGCAUCAUGGCAACACAGCCGACCUCCCUGUCUAUCCUGAGGGAGUUCUGUCCACUCUACUACCUCCUGAAUGCGAUCCCAGCCAAGGUGCAGCGGGGGUUCAGGUCGGUUCUGGUCUACCUGACGGCUCUGGACAGCAGCAGUGACUUCUUGGCAGUUGGCAGCAGCAUCGGCAUGCUUUAUCUGUACUGUCGCCGCCUCGCACACAUGAACAAGUAUAGUCUGGAGGGAAAAUGUGAGGCAAUUACAGCUGUUAAGCUGCUCAGCUGUUUUGAUGAUCUGGUUGCCGUGGGAACAGCUUCAGGUCGGGUUGCAGUCUUCCAGCUGGUGUCCCCACUUCCUGGUCGCAACAAACAGCUCAGGAGGUUUGAUGUUGUCGGCCUCCAUAAAGGAUCCAUCACUUCUUUGACAUGGAGCACCAACGGCAUGAAGCUCUUCUCCGGAGAUGAUAAAGGACGGGUGGUGUUCUCGGCUCUGGACCUGGACCAGGGGGUGUGUAAACCUGUGCUGCUGCUGGAGGAGUCCUCAGGUGUGGUUCAGAUGGAGUACAGUCACCAGGUCCUGCUGGUUUCUACGCAGCAUAGAACCCUGCUGUUCUGCACACAGAAACAGGAAGUCCUGCAGCUCGGCACCAAGCCCCGCAAAAGCAGCGGCAGGUUUGGGGCCUGCUUCCUGCCCGCUCUUUGUAAACAGAGUGAUCUUCAAGUGUUCGCUGCUCGACCUGGACUUAGACUGUGGAGGUCUGAUGUCAGAGGACACGUGGAAGACACCCGGCUGCUCAAACCACUCUUCAACACACAGAUACCUCAGUUUGAGUUGUUUCCUCGUCCUGGUCCGGUUGGAGCGUAUCGUCCAGUGGACCAGCAGCUCGGUCUGCUUAGCUGUUUCUUCAGAGAUGGUUGGAUCCUCAGCUGGAAUGAAUACAGCAUCUACGUCUUUGACUGUCUCAGUGAGGUGAUCAUCGGAGCGUUGGAGAGCAGUGGAGACAUCGUUUCAGUGUCGUCUUGUGACAAUGAGAUCUUUGUCCUGAAGGGAGACAGAGACAUCAUCCGCCUCUCCACCAGUCCAGAGGGAAUUGCCUCCAACUUGUCUGAGCUGUCACUCCGCUUGUCCUCACCUCUGACCACGCCCACCAUCCUUCACCCAACUGGAUCCGUUGAAACAGCUCAGCCAAUUAGAACCAUGGCCAUCAUUGUAGAAAGUGGGUGCAGAGAGGAGGCAAGAGUGGGGGAGGGGAUCUAUGAAGAAGGACCAGAAGAGGAAGAAGAGGGAGGAGUGGAGGAAGUAGAAGAAGCAGAGGAACAGGAGGACCUGGAGGUGAUGGAGCUGUGCCAGUCCUCUGAUCCGUUUAGCACACCCCGCUGUCGAAGCGGCUCUGUCACUUCAUGGGACAGUCUCCAUGGAAACACCCCAGUUACCGCAUCCUGCGAGUUGAGCUCCAGACGCUACAGCGCUCCUUUGGGUCAGGAAGUGUUACAGCAAGAGUUGGUGGUGAAAGCCAUCAGAGUAAAGAAGAAGAGAAGACGGCAAGACAGCAGCAGUGGAAACCGUCUCUCUGAAAGUAGCUGCUCAGACUCCGUGUUUGUCGUCCAGGACAGCAGCUGUAGUGAUGGAGGAAGUGGAACUCCUCUGAGUGACCACGCCUCCCUCGGUGCUCUAAGCCUCCAGAACCAGGAUGCUCCAGAACACGUCCAUGGGCAGUUCUCCGAGGAAGUGCAGGAUGCAGAUAAUGGUUCGAAGGAUUUAGAGGAGGUGGAGGUUUCCUCUGUCCUGUCAGGCACCCUGGUUCUCCAAGGUCUGAAGAAAGAACUGAAUCCAGAAGAGACCUCUGGUUCUGGUCAUGAAGCAGAUGUGGUCCCCCCAACUCCAGAUGUGGAUCUGCUUCUUGAGUGCACCUUCUCCUACAUGCACAAGUCUGAGGAGGAUGAUGGACUGGAGGAGCAAGAUGAAGAGUUUCUCAGCCCUCUGAUAGAACCAGAGGAGGAGACUGACGACCUCCUGCCUCCCUCAGCUGCUCCGGCCGACCACAUGUUUUACUCCACUGUGUCCAAUCUGGACAGAAAAUCCAGCAUGUCCAGUGAUGAUGAGGGAGACAUCUACCGUCUUCCUCCUGCAAGUAGUGGAAGAGAUGUUCACACCUGUCUAUCAAAGGACACAGAGAAGGCGAUUGAUAGACAGAUGGACCUGGACAUCCAGGACAGAGACAGACACAGACCUGACCAGUUGGCAGAAAGCUGGAUGGGAUACUCAGGACCAGGAUGUGGAAUACUAAGCCUGCAGGUAACUGACAGGCAUGUUUGGUGUCUGGACUUCAAAGGGGGACUGUUCUGCAGUGUUCUGCCUGAAACUGGACUGAGCUGGCAGCGCUUUGAAGACAACGUCAACCAGGUGGCGCUGUCACCAACAGGAAACCUGCUGUGGAAGGUGGAGCAGAAGAGCAUGACAGCAUUUGCUUGUGCUAAAGUUUCGGUUAAAGGAAAACGUCACUGGUAUAAAGCUGUAGAGCAAACAGCCUUCGUUGCUCUGAGUGAUGACUCUGCCUGGAUCAUCAAGACCAACGGAGAUCUCUACCUGCAGACAGGUCUGAGCGUGGAGCGUCCGUGCGCUCGCUCGGUGAAGGUGGACUCUCCCUGCGUGUUCAGCCAAGUGUGUGUGCGAGGAGGCGUGGUCUGGGCUCUGAGUGAGCACAAGGCCUUGUUCUAUAGAGAAGGACUGGACAGCUACUGCAGCGAGGGGGAGGGAUGGAAGUACGACACUGUCAGCGAAGCACAGGGUCUGGAGCUGAUCUGCAUCGCUCUAGGAGAUGGUGGGACCGCCUGGGCCCUGGAUGCAAGUGGCAGCCUCUGGUUCCGGACUGGCAUCUGUUCAUCCAGACCGCAGGGCACCGACGACCACUGGUGGCAGAUCAGCAUUUCAGACUACGUGGUCUUCGACCAGGGCAGCCUCUUCCAGACACUGCUGCAUGCUACGCAGAGUGUUGCCACGGUAACUAGGGCACCGGUGGAGCGGGUGGUCGCCUUCCUGUCCCAGUAUUCUCAAUGUCAGCCAAGCCUGGUCAGCGCGAAUGCUAGCGGGGUCUGGGUGGCGUCGGGUCGGAAUCAGCUGCAUCUGGCUCGUGGCAGCCUUGUGGGAACAUUCUGGCAGAAUGUGGUCCCGAGAGGAACGGUGUCCGCGACCAGGUGGACCUUCAUCACAUCCUCAUCAGUUCCUCAUAGAGAAGGAGCAUUCCUGUGGUUGGCUCAAAGCAGGAAGGACCUGUUCUGUGUCUGGGACCAGGACGGAGAGCUCCGCCCCUCCUCCGUCCCCCUGCCUCCUGAGGUGGAGCUGAUUCACCUCUCUGCCUGUCGUGAUGCUCUGUGGGGAUUGGACAGUCAUGGCCGGGUCAUCAUCCGAACCUUAUCGCCAUCCUGUCCUGCUGGACUGCACUGGACCCCCCUGGACCUCAGCCAACUCGGAAGCAUCCGUCUGGUCGGGGUCAGCUGCGGCAGUCAGAACGUCUGGGCCGUGGACAGCCGGGGAGUUGUCCACUUCAGAGUGGGAACCCAGCCACUCAAUCCCAGCAUGAUGCUGCCGGCCUGGAUCCAGAUAGAACCACCAGUUCAGCCAAUAGGUGUACAACUGGUCAGUAUUCAGACGAGUCCAAAUGACCGUCUCCUCUGGGCUCUGGACAACAGAGGAAGUGUCUUCGUGAGGACCGGACUCAGUGAUGAGAUGCCUGUUGGGACGGGCUGGGACCUGGUACCAGGUUUGGCUGUCAAUCAGCUGGUCCUCAGCUGUCGGACUGUUUGGGUUCGUUGUAUAAACGGAGAUUUGGCUCGACGUUACGGCGUCUCUGACAGAAACCCUGCUGGAGAUUACUGGAAGAAGAUCCCGGGAAAUGCCAACUGGUUCACUGUUACUCCAGAGGACGAGUUGUGGGCAGUGACUCCUGUUGGUGGGUUGUCCCGGCGACUGACAAAGCUCCUCCCCCAGACUCCCAUCAGGCCUCCAACCACGGGACCUCUCCUUGGAGGGGAUGAUGUCGAUGAUGAAUGGGAGCUCAUCUGAAGCAUGAAAUCCCAGGGUCGUCUGGAUCAGGAUACACUUUGUGAUAUCACAGUGACUAAACUCUGGAGCAGACAUGAGCUGAGUGAUGUCACAGCUGGACCAUCUCUGAACAGGCCACUGAUAUCACUUCCUGUAGCUACACAGGAAAGCCUGGUGGCAACCGGGUAAUGGAGUGAACUUAAUUUUACUUGUCUAUUGAAAGGAAGCACUUUAACCUUUAAGGGGGGGGGGGGGGUUGUCUAACUCGGCUAAUAUUUAUUCCAGUCAGUCAUGUUAAAACCACUUCAAACUGGUCUGAGUCCAGCCUUGGACUUUAGACUUGCUGUUCCUGACUCUAAAGGGCCGCUUUCCAGUUUUUACUUGGAUGCUGUUUGGUCCAGUCUAGUGCUUUAAAUUCAGUGCAGCAUGAUCCAGUUCAGACUGCUUCUAGCGGAGUCACUCUUGGCUGGGUGUACUGGUUUCAUGCUGGGGUUUUUGUUUUGGACUGAGAUCUUGCUGUCCAGGUUUGGUUUUUGAUGACUGUAUAUUGGACCUUGCUUCCAUUCAGGUUAAAUGCCUCAUCUGAAACCAUCCUCUAAACCUGCUGGUUUCCUGGAAGAUCUUAGAUCCAUUUAAGCCUGUCGAGAAACUACAAACCUCUGAUAGUUUAAUUGGAUCUUUGCCAUUAAUGAAUAAUCUGGAUGGUCUGAAAUGUUCCAGUUUGGGUCAAAUGACUUCAGAAGUGAAACAAACUGAAGAUGUUCCAGUUCAUGGCUGAUCUAUCUGGUUCUCUGUCAGAGCGUUUCCUUCACCAAGUUGUUUUGGUUUUAUUUAAAAUGUUGAUUCUGUAUCAGCUUCAUGAUGAUAUAGGAGUUUAAAGGGAUAUUUGAAUUAAACGGAGUCAUUCUGUCCUUUUCUGUCAUAUUUCUCCUUAAGUUUAAUUAAAGGGACUAAACAAGCCUCCUGAUCCGUUUGGAUUUUUACUUUGUGAGUUAGGACUGAACUGGUUCUAACAAGACUCAUAACAUGUUUCUUCUAUGUGUUUAAUUAUUUUUGUCUUGUGGACUGCUGAAUGCUGGAAGCAGCUGCAUAUGGUGGAAAUGAAGCAGAGAAAUUAUAGAAAUGAAAAUUUACAUUAUUUUGAAAAAUGACAAAAACUUUUAAGGACUUCCUGAAACAGGAUGAAGAACUAAACCUGAACCCUAACUAUGAUGUUUCGUGAUAAACUGUGGUGGAUACUGGAUCUGCAGAGGGGGCUUGGUCCUGAGAUUUAUAUCUACAGAAAAACUUGGAAUGGUCUUUUAAAUCAGUGUUUUUUCAAUCCUGGUCCUCGGGGACCACUGUCCUGCAUGUUUUAGAGGUAUUCUUCUUUAACACACAUGACUCGAUUGGCUCGUUAGCAGGAUUGCAAAGAACUUGACAAGCAGUUCAAUUAUUCUGAAUCACGUGUGCUGGAGUUGGACAGAACUAAAACAUGCAGGGCCGUGGUCCCCGAGGGCCAGGAUUGAGAAACACUGCUUUAAAUGAUGCUCCCCCCAAAAUGUUUGGCAGUGUUGCUAUAGAAACCUGUAGUGAUGUCACUGUGCUGUCAGCUGACUGGAUGGAUGUUUGACCAAUAUGAUUCACUGUAAACUUACAUGUUGUGUCUCAGAUGUUGAAUGAAUAAACAUUUAAGCACUGAAGCUGCACUCAAUUGUUUCCCAGGACAGUUCACAUGUUGGGUGUGUUUAUCAGUACCGAAUACUGAUAACAUCACAUUAUUAGAUUCAAUCCUGAUCCUGAUCCUGAUACUGCAUGAAAUGGCAUAAUCGGUUUGUGUAAUGCACUAAAAGGGCCUGAAAUCAGACCUGUCAACACCUGCUGUUUUAUACAUUCUUACAGCAGGAGGCUAUAUCCAUCCUGAAGCAGCUACUGAUCUGAUCAAUGAUCAUAGAUUUGUCAUGGCCUGUGUGUUUUUUUGGUUUUGUCUUCCUGUCAUGUGGGUUCAUUGUCUUGUGUGGUUUCCUGAUUUAUUUUGUAGUUCCUUCCAUUUUGCAUUCUGUUUUGUGUUCCUGUUCAUUAGUACACCUGGUUUGAUUUGCUCGUUUGCCUCACCUACUUCCUGUUAGUUCCCCUCUGUAUGUUUACCUCUUGGUUUCAGUUGUCCUUUGUCAGAUCAUCCAUCUUGUUUCCCUGUCGUGUUUCCUUAAGCGUCUUUUCAUGGUAAUUUGUGUUCAUGGAUUAAAUCCUUUGUUCCUGCA